AUGGCGACUAUUCAUAUCUUACGUCACGGACAAGCUCUUCACAAUGUCGAUAAGCCAUAUCCUCACCGAGACCCUCCUUUGACAAAAGUUGGGACCAAGCAAGCCGAGAAAGUCUUGCUCCCUGCAAAGCCCGAUCUCAUCAUUGUCUCCCCCAUGACUCGCACGAUCCAAACUACCCUGAUUGCGUUCCGACAACUUUUGGGCGAAUCCUCCACGCAGGCGAAGACGGAGGUCCAGAUCUGGCCAGAACUGCGCGAGGCGCAUGAUGCUAUUUGUAAUAAAGGAGUUAGCCGAGCCGAGAUUGCAGCUGCCUUUCCCCAGUUCGACUUCUCUUCGUGUCCUGAGGAAUGGGACUACCCACCGCAUAGCGUAGACGGUGCUACUUUACGUGCCGAGACAGUUCGCCGUCGCCUUUUGAACCUCUCCGCCUCUUAUCGGAAUAUAUUCCUUGUUACUCACCGAGGCCUCAUCGCAUUUCUAGUCGAGGGGCCAAGAUUUGCUAGUGCCGAUGAGGUUGAGAACCAGAGGUAUGGAACUCACCAGGAUACGGGGGAUAAGCAGGAUUUUGGCCCGAGUUUGCUAGUUCCCCUUUCCUCGUGA